AUGGUUCUGGGCGCAUGGAGUUUGGGAAGUAUCAUCGGCCCUGUGGUUGGGGGCUUGUUGGUUGAUCAUGUUUCGUGGCGGUAUUGCUUUCACAUCAACUAUCCAUUCUGUGGGGCUGGCUUCGUUGUCGCGGCCUUGGUCGUGCGCCUUGAUGCGGUGGAGAAGCUUACAUUCUUGCAGAAGCUUAGACGGAUGGACUGGAUUGGUGCAGGUCUUUUCAUCGGAAGUAUGACUAGUUUUCUAGUUGGUAUCUCCUCAGGCGGGGUCUUGUAUGCGUGGCGAUCAGCAGUGACCCUCUCUCUGAUCGUUGUAGGGCUCUCCGGCUUGGUCGUUUUCUUCCGCUGGGAGAUAUAUAAGCAAGAACACACGCUGCUACCAAUGUCCAUCUUCGGCAACUGGAGUGCCAUCGCAGCCUUUUACGGCGCUAUGAUCAACGGCUUGCUUCUCUUUACCGUCUUAUAUUACUGGCCGUUUCACGAUAUGAGUGUCCGAGGAAGUUCUCCUACUCAAGCAGGCGUUAACGUAUUACCCGCUGUACUAUUCACAGUGCCUGGCGCUAUCGUUGUAUCCAUCGUGACAUCGCGCAUCGGUCGCUUUCGAUGGGCGAUAUGGAGCGGCUGGACAAUUACGACCCUCGCAUGCAUUCUGCAGCUACUAUUCAACAAGAAGCCCACACCAGUCGUCACUUCCGUGCUUCGUGCUGUCUUCGGUCUCGGCAUGGGUAUGGCGCUCACAAGCCUCAACGUCGGAACACAAGCCAUGUCGAGGGCUGAAGACGCGGCAAUGACAGCGAGCAUGUAUGGCUUCCUCCGAAGUCUAGGCAUGCCCCUCGGUGUUGCUCUUGCAGGAACAAUCUUCUCAAACUCCAUGUCUGACAAGCUUUCAGAGCUGCGGUUACCCACGAGCAUUGCGCAUGAAUCUGAAAGCUAUGUUUUGAUCUUGCGUACCAUGCUGGAUUCCUCGCGGAAGAGCACGAUUCUGGAGUCAUACAAGACAGGCUUUGAGUCGGUUUUUGUUAUGCUUACGGCUGUUUCGGCAAGCGCUUUGGCCUUUAGCUUCGUUAUUAGGAGGUUUAGUAUGGAUAAGAAGCUUCUUGCGCAAUAUUCUGCGAGAUGA